CUUGUUGGCGUACUGCUUACAGGAGGAUAGGGUUUUGAUCUUUCGCCUGGACAGUCAGAAACUCCGCGCAGAGUUGGCAUCGGGGUUGAACCAGUUCAGCAGUUGCGUUGACGGAAAUGUAGCUCCUGGCGGAACUACCAAGGUUGAAACUCAAAUUAGCGCAACCAAUUCUGGCUCCGCACCGGCAGCGCAACAAUCGAGCUCAACAAACAACGAUCCAGGGAGAAGCGCAACUUCUGCGGCGCAGCACACCGGACGACAGGAAGGUCGCGGUGAGCGGAUCGAACCUGUUUCGCAUGAAAACCAAACGGACCACGGUCCCGGGAUUUCGGAGUGCGAAAGCAAUUUGAGCUGCGAGAACAGCAAGGAGGAAACAGAUCCAAAGGUGUGGAUAUUGGAGCGGAAACUGGAAGUGAAGUGCGG